UGUAGCUCACAUCCAAUAAUAGUGUUAGACGUGGUGUUAACGUGUGGAAUCUUACCUUCCUUCCUUGAUCACGCUUUCCAAGCCAACCAAAGUCUUUCCCUCUCAACAAUUUUAGUUCCUUUCAUUAAAUACACAACAGUUUCAUCUUCUUUUUGCCCCUAUUUAAUUUUUUUUUGUUAUGAAGUUAGAAGACUUUUGUUGCUUCCUUCUUUUUCUCUCUUCCAUUUUCAUGGAAUUCCUUUCUUCAAGUGCUUAGAGCUUAAUUUUGAUGGGGAAACACGAUGAAGGACGCUCUGUUUUUCCUUUAACCAGUCUCCAGAUCGGAGACUUGCAGUCUUAUCUUUCGGAUCUUAGCCUUUUCUUGUCCCUUGAAAGUAACAAACUCUACAUUUUGGUGGACAACCGGCCAUGGCUCAGGGACUUAGAUUCACGCCCAGCUCACUUGUGGCAAUUAAUGGUUACCAAGUCCAGGUUAUCUCCUUUUGCUAACACCAAAGGUCGUAGGGAAAGAAAGGAUGGAAAACAAGCUUCUUCCAAAUCAAAUGCUAAAGAUGCCAAGAAGUUUGAAAGAUGGUUCUCUUUGAUUGAUGCUGUAAUGUUGUCUAGAAAGAGGAUUUUGCUACCUGUUAAGAAGCUGAGAACCUCUUCUCUUCUUAGCAGCGAGCUGCAUCAGACAUUGUAUGGCUUCAUUGUAUUUGAAGUUUCAUGGUCCAAUGUUCGAGGUCUUAACUACUUGAAUGAACUUCAGACGGAUACCUCUCUAGCCGUAGAGGCUAAAUUUAUGCGAAGAUGGGAAUUUGACAGCAUUGAUCAAGCAGCAAAUUGUAUAUCUUCAUGGUUCUCUGGAACAUUCUUGGAGCAGCAGCGUCUGAUAGAAUACCUGAAUUUAUCAACUGGAGACGUCUUCUUUGAUGCUGAACAAGAUUUUCCUAGGUCGAUCCCUUUGAACGACGAAGAAUAUAUCUGUGAUAGUUACAGCAUUGAGGAAAACUUCCUCCAUGAUCAUUGUGGCAAUUUCAGGCUACACCCUGCGACCAUGGACUGCGAAACAUUUGAGCCACACACUCCUCCUCCUACUGGACCUUAUAAGCGAAGGAAAGUAACUAGGGCAAUUAGUACUGGACGUGAAGUUGAUGUCUAUUGUGAGGAACGCCGAGAGCAAGCUAGAAACUUAUUGGACAACUCUAACGAAAACAUAGUCGAAGCUACAGAGUAUUGGGAUGUUCUUAUUUUUUUUAGAUUUGAUGAUAGAGAUCUCCCAUUUAAAUUAAAGCAAAUAAUAAUUCCUGAUCUGAGGUUACUUCGUUUACUAGAAGCGGGUCUUCCAUCUUGGGUCAUCUUCCUUCAAUCUUAUCCUGGCUUCUGCCAUACCUAUCGCCCAUGGAUGUGCCCUCUUGCUCGAGCUUUAUAUGUUCUGAUUUCAUUCACUACUGUUUUAAUAGGAUUUUAUGAUUUGUACAAAAAUGUCCCUGUUCUUAAAGCAACUGCUUCUCGUUUAUGUGGGCCACUUUUUCAUUGGAUAGAAACCUGGGAGAUGGUGUCAAGGAUCAAGUACUUGGGAACUAUGCUAUUUCUACAUAACUUUCAGAAGGCUGUUGAGUGGAUUUUGACGGCUACAAGUGCUAUUCGAUCAUUUUUCUCUUUUCUUUAUUUGCCACUGGCAGAACCAUUUAUGGGGUUGUGGGACUUCCUUUUGCCAAUUUGGAGUUUGUUGAGUGAACUAUUGGAAAGCUUAUUUUCAUCCAUAUGGAUUGUGAUUAGUUUUCUAUGCAGUCUAGUGGAGACUGUCAUAGAGGUUCUACUGAUGCCUAUAUGGUUUAUUGGCUCAGUUCUCUGGAACAUGGUGACUUCUGUCUUUUAUCCUAUAUUUUUGGUUCUUUGGGAAAUAUUAUAUGCCCCAAUACGCCUGGUCCUUUUCUUGGCCAGUUUUGUGGCUUCCGUGUCUGGCUUCAUCUUUGAUUUGGUUGGAGAUAUAUGGAGGUCAUUAAGUAGCAUAAUUCGACUUGCUUCUUCAGCUUCUGAAGCUACAGUAACCAGCACAUAUGAGGUCUCUGUAUGGCGUUCACUCUGGAAUGACCUUUUUUCCCAGGUUUUUCGUGCUGUCAGAAGUAUAUUAAAUGGAUUUGUUGCUUUCUUCACAGCCUGCAACAGACAUCGCCUAAGCAUUUACAAUCAUGUACAAGAUGUCAUUCAAAGACACUUUGGUGGAGUCCCUGGAUCACAAACCACGGAUCCAAGACGAAGCAAAUCAACCCAUGGAAAUCAAUAUCAAAUUUUUACGGUGAGAAGGAGAAGAGUCCAUAGUAGAAAAAUGUAGUCCUCCGACUUUGCCAUCGAGUUCAAAAUAUGCAAGAUUGUAUCCUUUCUCAUAAUCAAAACCAAACCAAAAUAGUAAUAUCUAUAUAGGACCCUAAAGGCAUAGGUUAAGACUUUUAGAGAGAAUUUCAUUCUUUUAUUCCUUCUGUGUAUUCAUUCUACAUGUUUAGCUUCUGGCGAAUGUAUAUUAUGUAAAGUUAGUUUGUAUAUUUUUAUGUGAAAAAAGGGUUUGGAAUUUAA